UUCGCCCAAAACGUACCAUUUAUUUGCAAAAGCACGUGAAUAUAUAAAAUCUAUCCAAGUUAUUCAGAAUUUGCAAAUGUAAAACUCUUUAACUAUUUAACACUGCUACAUUAUAAGAGCUCAACCUAUCUUAAAUCGAUGAACUUGCUUUGAGAAAGCAUACAUUUUGAUAGAGCUUGUCAUUUUUGACUAGUUUGAAGUUUGUUUAGAACAAAUUUUGAUUAUUCUUGUUUUCUUUUUGUCUUAGUUUCGAACGCACUUUAUCGCCUUUGUUUCUGUACAAUUUUGAACUGAAACUACCAUUUGAAUAAGGUUUUUAGAAGUCAGCUAUUCAGAAUCUUAAAACCUUCAAGUCUUCGAAUAAUCAGCCUCAAAUGGCGUCAUCGCAAAUCAAAGCUUUGUCUCUGCUGGUGUUGUGUGUCCUCUCAUUCACGAGUGUAAAAUCGGACCAAGACAGCGAAAUAGACCCAGUGACCGAAUUUGUUCCGAGCGCUUUGGGCAAAGUACAGGUUUCUAGUCAGAAUGAUGCCGGCUUUACCUAUCUGUAUGCAGAGUUCGAGGCAUCCUUCACCAUUCCAUAUAAAAACUCUACCGAGGAUGAACUGGACGCAGAAGUGAACAUGCCUGGAAACGCAAGCUGCAGUGGUGCUUAUGAUUCGUCGGACUGCGAUAGCAUCUCACUCAACUGUACGUGGGUGGCCGACAACACUAAGCCCGAGGAGGAGUGGGAGUUCAGCAUGGUGUUCACUGUGACUGAGAACAAAGGUGACAAGACGGUCUCGUGCAACCUGGAUGAGCAGGACAAGUGGGACAUCGAGUACAAGGUCACGGGAAUCACUCUGAGUUUCUACAUGGGGGAAAAUUAUUUCCCAGAUGGAAAGCACGUGCGCUUGAACCACACAAUGGUGGAGGCGGGCAACUCGAGUCUGUCUCUGUUCGAGGUGAGUGGGGACUCCUCCUACAAGUGUGAACACCUGCAGACAGUGGAUGUGCUGGACUCCUUGGUGAAUAUUACUCUGGGUGUGAAUCUGCAAGACUACCAGGUACAGGCGUUCCAGAUCUCAUCAGAGAAGGACACGGCCGAAUUCGACACAGCCAUAACUUGUGACCUGGACGAGGAAGGGAGCAGUCUGGUGCCGAUCAUUGUGGGAUGUGUGCUGGCCGGACUCAUUGUCCUCACCCUCAUCGCCUAUUUCAUCGGCAGAUGGCAUCAGAACCGACAGGGCAACUACCAGGCACUCUAAAUCAACCCCUCCCCCGCACAUCUGUCCAAACGAACCAGCAUGGACCCAAUUUAAACGACUAAACUCAACCUCAAUGUGAUUGGAGGACGAACUCAUUUAAACGCACGACAUCAUAUGAAAUCAUAGCAUGACACACCAAAAAAAUACAGCAUCAAAUUGAAAACAUCAAUUAAGAUCCUCACAAACUAACAUUGAUUUAGAAAAAGAAUCAAUAUUGUUGAUUCACGAGCAUCUAUGUCUCAUAGGUUUUUUUAAAUCGAUUUUUGCCAAGAAAAUCAUGAACGAUUAUUUUUCUUAUAAAUACGAGAUCUGAUAGUAAAGUUUAAUUGAGUCUGCUGCUUCAUUAUUAUUGUGACUUAGAUUUCAUCAAAAGAGUAAUAAUUUCAACUGUAAUAAUUUUUUCUGUAGUAUUGAUUUUUCUUAUAUCAUAUUUUUUAACAAAAUAUUAAAUUUUCUUCACUUGAGAGAAUGCCGCGCUACGGCUUCCUUCCAUCUUCUGAAAUCCAGGCAACCCUGGCAAAGAACUGCUGUUUCUUCAAAAUUUUGAGUUGCCGUAAUACAUAUUAUUAAAAAACGCUAGUGUGUUUGAUUGAAAUAUUAAAAUCAAGGAUCUCCAACUACGUACUAC